UCACGACCCGGGCUGAAAGGGAGACGGCAUUCAAUAUCUUGGAAGGCAUGCACUUUCUGUGCCGUCUUACCUGAUGGAUGCCGUCUUUGAAAUAGUUCUUCCCGAAGACUUCGUUCUUGGCCUCCGACAGGAGGCCAUUCACCUCCGCCCUUGUGAUCUGUGUGUGGGUCUCCGCCGCGUAUUGGUGGGCGCGCCGCGUGAGGCUGCUGUUGACGUUGGCUAGGCCGAGGCCGCGGCCUCUCGUCUCGCUGCGGGUCUUCAGCUGUCGGGCCUCGGCCUUCAGGAUAUUCAGCAGCCUCACGCGGCUGAACUGCUGGCGGUGGGCGGCGAUGCUGCUGAAACGAAUGUCUUUCAAGUGCAGAAACAGAUCCAAAGAGCGAUUCAUCAAGUCAUGGAUCCAUUCUUUGUGUGGUUUACUUUGGUGUGUUCAUGAUGCUGGUGACAGAUCUGCGAAACCCUAGAGGCGUUGGGUUUCGUUCGUCCUGAGCCCGGCCAAUCAAAGAUCGCCUGCGCGGCAACAGCAGCGGUCAUCCAAUACACACGGCUGAAAGCAUGCGUUUCUGCUCGAUAGGCACAGGUCAUAUGUGCAUGCAUCUACGAAGAACGUGUCUCUACGUAUACAUGCACAUACGGGCCUCUGAGUCUUCCACACGGAGCACUGGAGGGAAGGCCUUGAGUCUGCAGGCUCUCGUGUAUCCAUGGACUGGCGGACUGUGGUUCCGACUCAUCGUG